UAAACAGAUCUAAAGCACCAAAAUCUGACGGUCCAUAGAAAGAAAAAAAGCUUUAAUAACUGUGCCACUAAAAAGCCUCUCAAGUCUCAACACUGACACUAAAUUCAAUGGGAGAGGUUUAGUGUGUUUUUUCAAACUUAUUCAAAUUUACACAGCCAAACACUAUUCUUGUCUAUUGACCUCUCAAAUAUAUUUCUCCUUAUUUUUGCCAUUUUCAGGAAGAUAAGAAAAUGGAGGAGAAGAAAUCUGAAGAGCCACAAGCGAAAUCAGAAGAUAAGAAACCAGAAGAAGAGAAAAAGAAAGAACCUCAAGAGAUUGUGCUUAAGAUUUUUAUGCAUUGUGAAGGUUGUGCUAAAAAAAUCCAUAGAUGUCUUAAAGGCUUUGAAGGAGUGGAGGAUGUAACUACUGAUUGUAAGACUAGUAAAGUUGUGGUGAAAGGAGAGAAGGCAGAUCCAUUAAAAGUGUUGCAAAGAUUGCAGAGGAAGAGCCAUCGUCAAGUGGAGCUUAUCUCACCGAUUCCGGAGCCUAAACCGGUUUCUGAUGAACCGGAGAAAAAGGAGAAGGAGAAACCUAAACCUGAGGAGAAAAAAGAAGAGGUAGUGACAGUGGUGCUGAGAGUUCACAUGCAUUGUGAAGCAUGUGCCAUGGAGAUUCAAAAGAGGAUCAUGAGAAUGAAAGGUUUGUAUUUUUUAUUUUAUUUUUUUACUUUUCUCAUUUAAAAUUUAUUUUCUGAAUUGGGUACAAUUUCUAUUGAUUCUGAAUUUGGUUCAAAAAAAAAAAAAAAAAAAAAAAAAUCUGAAUUUGUGGGACUACACUUAAUUGGGACAUCAAGUGUGGACUCUUCUAUGUGUCAUAAAUUGAUUCCAACUCUUUUUAUUUUACUGAAAGUACUGUGUACUGUGUAGGACCUUUUUAAAACAUAGCAAUUUGAAAAAAGCAUGUGUUUAGUGAAUCUUUCAUUAAAAAAGAAACUCUCAUUCACCUGAUUAUUGUUAUUAUAAUCAUAUAGUUACAAACCGUUCUUCUUCACAUAUAUUUUUGUUUGUUUUGAGUGUUUCAAGAUUACAUAAAUAAUACGAAUUGUGUUGAAUCGAGUCUAACUUAAGUCAACUACUUUACUUUUACUUCACCUAUUCCCCAAGAAUCCCAAAGUUCUAAACACUUCUUUAAUUAGGGUUUAUGUUUCAUAUAUCCUGAUUUUGUACUUAUCUGAAAUCAAAUUUAUAUUUAUAAUGCCAUCAAUAAGUUGGACCAGAUUUUAUAUUAUGAAAGUGUGGUUAAUUAUGUUAGGUAGAAAUUUAUUGGCCAAAAGAUUACAUUGGUGACUACUACUGCCUAUAGAAUUGAUAUUAGCUUUGUACAAUGAUCUCAUUUGAUAGUUAAUUUGAAUUUUUUUGUAAUGCUUAUUAUUUUAUUAUAAUAUAUAGUUAGUUUACAUUUUCAUAUAGAGAAUAAAGUCAAAACAUGUUUAUACAUAUAGGAGUGGAGUCUGUGGAACCAGAUUUUAAAGCAUCACAAGUGAGCGUGAAAGGAGUUUUUACGCCGGAAAAGCUAGUUGAGUUCAUUUACAAGAGAAUCGGGAAGCAUGCCGCGGUUGUCAAGCAAGAUCCGCCGCCAAAACCUCCGGAGAAAGAAAAAGAAACGAAAGACAAAGACGAGAAGAAAAAGGAAGAGGGACAGCCCAAAGAAGGAAAAGAGGCCAAGGAAAACGGUGGUGGAGGAGGUGCUAAAGGCGAUGGUGCUGCCGCGGAGGAGGGGAACAAAGUGGUAGACUUGAAGAAGAACGAAUAUCAGUACCAGCCACCGAGGUACCCCGUGGAGAUGUUUGCUUAUCCACCGCAGAUAUUCAGUGAUGAAAACCCCAAUGCUUGUACCAUUAUAUAAUAAAAUCGUCGGUUUAAGGGGUUGUAGGAUUUGUUAUUUUUUUACUUUAUUUCUAUGCAGAAUUUUAAUUUAAAUGUAUUUUUGGUAAUUUUUAGUUUCAACCGAAUUGAAUGAUCGUAUUUUUGAUAUUUUAAAAUAAUAAAUUAUCCUCGUGUAG